UUCAGUUCGCGUGUGUUGAGUCAUCGGCAGAGUUUUUCGUCCCUGUCGUGAAAUAAUUAGACAUUUCUUGUAAAAUAAUCAGCUUUUUGGGACUAAAAGUGUUGUUACGCUUUCCGGAAGUAAGUACCGAUCAGAAAACGGUAAAAUUUUCCCCCUUGUACUGACACAUUGACUGCUUUUCGUUUCGAUUUGGAUAAUACGUUUGCAAACGUUUGGGAACUGUUACGAAAAUGGCUUCCUCAUUGAAUCGUAUUUUUUCCAAGAAAAAUUUCUCUGUGAGUAACCGCGAGGAGGAAUUCAAAGGUUUUGCUAGCGAGGGAAGCGACACUGAGAGUGUGAUGGAGGAAGAUCCGGUUAGCGACUCGGACGAAGAUGAAAAUUGUGGAAGUAGGAAGAAGGGCGUAGCACCAGCCGCGGGGUCCAUUGAUGAUGGAGAAAAAGUACAUCGCAAUCCUACACGUAGACCGAACCCCAAGAUAUCGAAUCGGAAUGCCUUGCUUGCCCGAGAGAAUCGACGGCGUAAGAAGGAGCGGUUGGAGCAUUUGGAAAAAGAAGUGGAAGGCCUGCGGGACGAUAACGGUCGGAUCCGGAAAUUGCUGAAGAAAAAAGAUCUGCUGGUCAAGCAGUUGACCCAAGAGCGAAACUAUUUAAAGAGCGUAAUUGCCAACCGUACCGGAAUUAUGGCGAUAUUGAAGUCGAUUCAAAGCACGUCAAGGUUUCCGAUGACUUCUUCGAUGAUGAGUUUUGUGAAGACGGGUGAGCAACCGGAUGGCCAGUCUUUGAUCGGUAGAAAGAUAUCCCGUAGCAGCAGCGAUGAAGGGUUAGGAGCAUCUCCAAUAUAUCAGAUGCCUCUUGAUAACGAUGAGCGGCAGUUUGUCUUGAAAGAAUCCAAAAACAGUCAAAGUCUAUCUCCCACCAGAUGUGUCGAAGGAGGGUUCGUUCCUUCGCAUCCAUAUCACACAAGCAAUGGAACGGAGCCUAACAACAAUCACAACGAUUUAGGUACCGUAGUCAGUGACUCUACGACCGUAGUAGCUCAACAGCUGCCGGCUUAUGAGGACGAAUUUAGCCAUCUCCCGGAUAUGGAUGAACUGUUGGCUACGCUCGAUCACAGCCAGCACCGGCAAAAUUCACAAGUAAUAUCUAGCGAACAUAACUACUUUUUUGAGCACAGUAAUCAGUCUCCGUUGGUGGGAUCAGGUCGUUCUGCAGGAGACGUCUCGGCAUCGAACUUUGGAGGCGGCGUUUGUGUCCACAUCGUACCCGGCGGACGAGUAUCGGUGGAGUUCUGUUCAGCAUGUGCGCUAAGUUCGGACCGGGCCUGGCUCGAGGAGGCCGAGGAGCGCUGAACGCCAUCCAUCCCAGGGCUAAGUAAAAUGUCGGUAUCGAGUUUCUUAUUCUGUCUCAAAUACCUAUACUUUAUUUAAAACUAACUUAUAAGAACAGACAUCGUUCAUCUUGUACAGAUAGUAUAUCUAAACGCUAGGGUUAGGAAAUAAGACGAGCAAACACAAUGAAUAGAACUAGUUUUUCCCGUUUAUGUUUUGCUUAUAUUGUUUGCAACAGUACCUUGGUAGGGGACAGCGGACUUUUGUCUCGUCCUUCCUGCCCACCCCAGACCAUUUUCAAGAUAGGCAUUUCACAAUAUCUCUACAAGAUAGCAAAAGAGGGAAAAAAACAAGUUGGAAUAAUGACAUAGAACGAUUCAUUUCUAGAAAAUUUUUCUCCUCAGUAGAAAAGCACGUUAUUGGUUAAUGUUUGUGUUGCAUUUUCAGCCCACCGUUGAAAGCCAUCCCGUGGAAAGGAAAGCGGCAACCGCUCUGGUUCUGUGGUAUGGCGUCGAACGAAUGAACCGUUGUUUCGCAUCCUAAACUGUAGAGCAACAUCUCGCUUAAAGCGAAGAUCGAAAGUCAGUCGAAUCUGUGUGGAAUAUUAAAAAAAAGUCACGAAAGCGUUGCCGAAGCAGUAGAUUAAUGAAUGUAUCGAACCAAUUAUGUCCACAGCCCUUCACGAUGAAUCGGACCAAUUCGUGCGCAGCUCAACUCGACGGAGUGGAAUUGAAUGAUGAUCGGAGUUGUUGUCAAAUUAAGGAAGAACAAAAUUUGUGAGUUUGAAAUUAGUACCAAAAUCAUCGGUUCCCGGGGAUCGUCGAAUUGUGCUGCCACAACUGGACCAUCUCUGUCCUCCAUUGUUUGUUUGGGGAGACUCAAAGUCUUGUGAAUUGGUCCGCUUCGCUAGAAGCAAAAAACACGAUUCUCUCAUUCUGUUUUCGCUUGUUCUUUUUGGAACGUUGUUUUUCUUCCAGCGAUUACGGUUUCCCCACUCGGCCAUCAAAAGCGCUACACCAAAACGAAGCCAGGACACGUGCUUUUCCGGUAGGUACUCUAUAGCCAUUACUUCCAACUUGUUUUCUCAAAAACUUAUACUCAUUCAUAGUUUUCUGUUGACUAUUUCUAAACUUGCCGUCAUCGUCGCCUUCGUCGGCUUGAUCUUACGGUUUUUGAAAUAAAUAUGAAACCGAAUGAAAAAAAAAACGAAAACAAAUCCAUUGCUGUUAACAGGAUUUUUGUUGUUAGCGUACUUGUAAGAGCACGACAACUACCUAUAAUAGAUUAGCGAGGAAAUAUUUUAACAAACUGUAAGUAAUAUUUAAAUAUAAAGAUUUUCUCUAAAUCACAUCUUCGCGGGAGAGGGGUAAGCUCUCAGGCAUGAUGUGACAAAUCUGCGGAACUGAACGCAUAUUUAUACAUUGAAAUAAAAAUUCAAUCUAACAGGUGUA